AUGAAGAAUGAGAGUAAUCAACAAAUACAUGGAUUAAAGGAAGAUCCCAUCAGAAAUGAACAAUAAAAUAAUAAGAAUGCUUUAUAAUAUAGAAAAUAAUCAAUUCUAUCAAGUGAUCUUGGACUGGGUAAAAGUACUAAGAAUCAUAAGGAUAAACCUAUACCUUUAGUAGUUGAAAUCAAAGAAUAUGACAGUAGGUUUUAAAAUAACUUACAUGAUGAGAAUGAGAUUAAUUCUACUAUAAAUUUAAAAAAAAGCGAGAUAAAAUGGUUGUUGCAAUCUAGGAUUUCAAUGUUAAUAUGA